UUGACGUCAUCAUAACUCUUUGGAUAAGCUAGCUGCACAAACCUGUUCCAUGUUGGCUGUUCUAACACAACAGUCAAAUGGUUCUACCUCCAUUUGUUUCAGCCAUGAGCAAAAUAUUAUCAGAAACAUUGUCCGGUAGCGGUGCAUGUGGAUACUGAUGUUGCACCAAAGUGGGAUUAAUUUCAGGUACGCUAACGAGCUGCAGAGGUUAGCCAGAGAGCUCGUGUCAACAUAGAGUAGCUGAACUGAGUGUAGCUGCGAGGCUGUUUGCUGCGCGGUGGAUGACACCUGCGAUUAAAGUUAAUAAUUUGCACUUCAGGGAUUUAUUGAUCCGAUACGGGACCUGUCAACAUGAGGAUCUUACGGUUUCUGAGGAGCAGUUUGUCUAUAGGGAAGGACAUUGACUAUUACUCCAAAUUCUCACCCUCCCCACUGUCGAUGAAGCAAUUUCUGGACUUUGGUUCAGAAAAUGCAUGUGAGAAAACGUCGUUCGCCUUCCUCAGACAGGAGCUUCCUGUGAGGCUGGCAAACAUCAUGAAGGAGAUCAACUUGUUGCCAGACAACUUGUUGAGGACUCCCUCCGUCAAGUUAGUCCAGAGCUGGUAUAUGCAAAGUCUUCAGGAGAUUCUUGAGUUCAAAGACAAAAAUGCAGACGAUGAAAAGGUCACAUAUGAUUUCACAGACGCCGUGAUAAAGGUCAGAAAUCGCCACAAUGAUGUGAUCCCCACCAUGGCGCAGGGAGUGGUGGAGUACAAGGAGGCGUACGGCACGGACCCGGUGGUCAGCCAGAACGUUCAGUAUUUUCUGGAUCGCUUCUACAUGAGCAGGAUAUCCAUCAGGAUGCUGCUCAACCAGCACACGCUCCUCUUUGGUGGGAAGGUGAAGGUGAAUCCCGCUCACCCCAAACAGAUCGGCAGCAUCGAUCCAAACUGUCGCGUCUGCGAGGUUAUUAAAGACGCCUACGAAAACGCGAGGAACCUUUGUGACCGCUAUUACAUGAACUCUCCUGAGCUGAUACUGGAGGAGUUCAACGUCAAGGAGCAGGGGAAACCCACCAGUGUCGUCUAUGUUCCCUCUCAUUUGUAUCACAUGGUGUUUGAACUCUUUAAGAACGCCAUGCGGGCCACCAUGGAGUUAUACGGAGAUUCAAUGGAGUACCCUCCCAUCCACGCGCAGGUCGCUCUGGGUACUGAGGACCUGACAGUGAAGGUGAGUGACCGUGGAGGAGGUGUACCGCUGCGUAAGAUUGAGCGGCUGUUCACCUACACGUACUCCACAGCUCCACGGCCCAGCAUCGACGGGUCACGCGCCGCCCCUCUGGCUGGUUACGGGUACGGCCUGCCCAUCUCGCGACUCUACGCUCGCUACUUUCAAGGGGACCUGAAGCUCUACUCUCUGGAGGGUUACGGAACUGAUGCUGUGAUCUACAUCAGGGCCUUGUCCACGGAGUCCAUAGAGAGGCUCCCCGUGUACAACAAGUCCGUGUGGAAACACUACAAGACCAUCCACGAGGCCGACGACUGGUGCGUCCCGAGCAAAGAGCCGAAGGACAUGACGACGUUUCGCAGUUUCUAGAUCCGAACACCAGAUGUUCCUGUGGGCGUGAAUGUGUGUGUGAGUGCGUAAUGAAACUAAGUUUUUACACACCGUUAAAAAAAAAAAAAAAAACAGAUUUAGUGCCAUUUAAUUCAUAUGAAAUUAUAGUUUUUAUAUGAACACUUCAAGCAGAAUUGGCCCCAGUAAACCAUAAAUGAUAACAGCUGGGUGUAGCCACAGCCAUGAUUCUGCAAACAGAAAAUAUACCAGUUCCUCAGAGACUGCGAGCUUUUAAAUAAACCUUGUAGUAAGGAUCGUUUAUUAAAAACUGGUAACCAGGAUAGCACAGCCGUGUAGUGGACAAACAGAGCGAAGACGUUUCUAAAUGACCUCAAACACACAUUGUCUGUGACAAUCUAAGGUCAGUUUAUGAUUCUUUAACGGCACAAAACUAAGCUCUGAAAUGUUGAACGAAGCCACAAAUGAACAAAACUCAACACAAGUGGCUCUCACUGCCUGUAUGUUCAGAAAUAAUCUGGAUCAGAGGAAAUUAUGUUUUGUAAAUUAGAAAAAAAAUCAUCUUAAAAUAUGAACUGGUGUUCAUAAUGUCGGCUGCUUUUUAGUUUGAGUGACUGCUUUUCCCUUUAGCUUCUUAUUGUAAUGAGCUUUAACACCAACGGUGUCGUCUUCACGUGAAGCUUGAGCCCUUGAAAAGGGAACAAAACCAAGUCGUGAAAUGAAUUGAAAGAAAUGUUUUAUUCAGGUCAUUUCCUCUUCUACUAGAUGAUAGUUACAAACGUGUAAAGGGCAGUAUUGAACGCAUUGUCUGUGUAUAACACAUGCGAUAAUUGGAACCAAUGACAGCAGAUAGAAAAUAAUACGUUGGUUAUGAAGCUAUGUGGUUUUCUUGGUCUGCGACUCUAAACUAUACAGUAUUUGUACUGUGGUUGUAUUAUUGACACUCAGUUAAAUAAGCUAUAGUUCAUAUUUAUUGUGUUACACAAUAAGCCGUUGACUGGAACGAGUGAAUGGAUCAUGUUCAUUAAACUUUAUUUUAUUGUUCUAUGCAAGCGGAGUAGAGGUGAACCCACUUUGUGUGUCUCUGUGCAGUGCGACGCUGCUGGUGAUCAGACGUCUGCCCCGUGUUUGGUUUAGACUGUGCUACAGGUAGACGGACAGCUGAGGGCAUUAUCAGUAAAGUUGUUACAUAAACAUGUUACAGGGUGUAUCCAGGACCAGAAUACCCACGUUGAAUAAAUUAUUAAAAAUGA